ACGGAGCACACAUCCGGGCCCUGCCAAAAACCCCAUGACAGUUCCGAUUUGACAGGACGCCUCUGCCCUCUGCCAAAACGCGGUAAACAAGGUGAAAAUACUGUAACACUUCCUUCCGACAGUCAACUUUGCUCAGCGCACCUUGGACUAAGGGCACGCCGGGCAACCCGAGCAUGCCGACGCAAAGCGCCCCCGCACAACUGGACCAGGGCUCGCUGGCGCUGGCAACUUCUUUUGUGGAGGCUCUAAUUGCGGGCAAUGCUGUGCCAAACCGGACGACGUUUGACGCCACGGCCCUUGCGGGCCUUUCGGUUGUCCACGUCGAACCGGGUCGCCUUGUAGCGGAAAUGCCGGUGCGGGCGCGCGUCCAGAACCGUUACGGGACACUGCACGGAGGCUGCACAGCCACGCUGGUGGACACGCUCACUACGGCGGCGCUGCUGACGGUGAGCCCGCUGCCGGGCGUGAGCAUGGUACUGUCAGUCAACUACGUGGCGCCCAUGCCUGGCACGCCCGUGCCGGCCGCCUCCCUGCCCGUGCCAGCCCCCUCUGGGGCUGCCACUCCCGCCGAUGACAGCGCAUCCGUGGCACUGUCUACAACGCCGAUGCCAGCCCUCACCGGGACACCAGUGGCGCGAGCGUGUCCAGCGGCGGGGCCCCACAGCAGUAGUAGCGGCGACGGCGGCGGGUCAGGCUGUGGUGGCGGCAGUGGGGGUUGCGAGGAGGCGGGGACGGAGGAGGUGGUGGUGGUCGAUGCGCGGGUGGUCAAGGCGGGGCGGCAGGUGGCAACGCUGGCGGCGGAGCUGCGGCGCAAGCGCACGGGGCAGCUGGUGGCGACUGGCAGCCACACCAAGUUCUUACAGAUCCAGGAUUCGGCCAUGGACCGGCUGAAGCAGCUGUCGGGGGCCGAGAAGCUGCAGGCAGCCGGUGGGCAGGCGCCGCCGCGCAGCCGGCUGUGAUGUGAGGGAGGAGAGGAGUGUUGGUGGCUGCGUGUGUAUGCGGUGGGGUUAUGAACAUGGCGGCAGAGGCACAGCUGCCUCCAUGGUGUGCGCCUGGGCGAUGGGUGGAUGGUUGGAUGGCAGCGUGCACUGCAGCGGUGCGUCAAGUUCCAUUGUAGGCCUGCAGGGUUGUUGUGCUUGUACAGUCAGUUUCUAGCAUUAUUCCUGGGGAAAUCCCAUCGGCAUACCGUACCAUGCACCACUGGCCGCCAGGGUGUUGCAGUGACAUGAACGGGCUUGAGACUUGAGACGCAGUGUCGCAGUGAGGCGGCGGCUGCCGCACGCGCGCAGCACUGUGCGGUACGACAACAACUCGGCAUGGGGUGUCGGCCACACAUUGCCUCCUAUUGCAUGGUGCUGCAGCGCCAGAGCGCAGGUUGAGGCCUGGCUGGAGUUUGGUUUGCGGUCUUUGCUGGCGAGCAUACCCAGGCACGGUGUGUAGUAGAAAUUACCGCUAGCGUUUGGUUUGUUGCAUGCUGUGCUUGUGCUUAGAACGUCCAUGCGGGGGCUGGCUUGACGCGGCUGCAGGGCGGUGUUUAUACACAUCGAGGUAAGGUAGUUUCAAAGACAUGCACCAACGUGGCUUGGGCGUAGGCCACUCUUCCCUUGAGGGGGAGAACGUAUAGCUGAUAUUGCAAUUGCCGGUUACAGUACGGUAGAUUGUAGACGCUGAGCUGGUAUUGCACUACUACCUACCUGGGGUACGGUAGAAGACAAAUCAGCGGAGUGGGGUAGAUGUCUUGCAGGUCGGUAUUCGCAGGUUCUAACCUGGAGCUUUAGGGAGCUCCAUGUGAUCUGUGCUGCAUUGUUAGCUGAGACUUGCAGCUGCAGUUGCCCGGCGGCUCUGGGUGGCCCUGGCCCGGGUGCUCUCAUUGUAUAAUAAUGAAUGUACCUUGAGCUGCAGAAGGCAUGAGACCACGGGAACCUAGCAGCAGUGGUGAUGCGUGUACUUUACACGUGCGGCAUGCGGCGCGGCAAUCCUCGCAACUACCAACGACCUAACUGACACACAGGGAUCACAAGAGGGCUUUUGCACAACUGCCAACGAACAGGGACGGCACGUGGCGUGGCGGUUGGCGCGCUGUGCGAGUGGGAGCUGAUAGUUGUGCAGGGGGGCGUGUGGGAAGCUGCGGCAGAAUACGGCGGGCCUCGGCGGAGGCUGGCGGUUGGCACGGCGCGCGAGUGGGAGUGCAUAGUUGGACAGCGAGGCGUAUGGGAAGCUGUCAUGGAGUACGGCGGAGCUCGGCGGAGGCUGGCGGUUGGCGCGCUGUGCGAGUGGGAGUGGGUAGUCGUGAUCGCACCGUGUGGGAAGAUGCGUGUGAGCUGCGUGUCAACUCAGAGAGACGCAUGGGGUUGAGCCCAUGUUGGGUGCUCUGAGCGCACACGGUUUCACACGGUUGACACUGGGAAC